CUCAUCGAAGUAUAAGCAAAAUCUGUUGGUUAUCUGGGUGUUUCGCAGAGACGGAGGAAGACCAAAAUCCGAAACCCAACUCAAUCGGAUUUUGUGUUAAUUAAGCAUGACCUCUGUUUCCAUUACUCUCUCAGCUCUCCCAGUCUCACUCUCUACCAUCACUGAACCACCUUCCCGUAGAGACCCUGGCCCCGGCAACCUAUCGACCUCAUUCCUUGGCAGAAAGCUCUCCAUUGCAAUUCCGCAUUCAAACAAGUUAGCUUUUUCAAAGCAUCCCACGGUGGUCGCCACCGUUCUCUUCAGCCUCCCAACUGGGAAACCAGAGAGGAUUUCUACUGGGCAAACCUCACAAUGGUCGGCCAGAGCGAUAAAGUCGUUUGCUAUGGGUGAACUGGAAGCAAGGAAGCUCAAGUAUCCCAAUACUGGCACGGAAGCCCUUCUAAUGGGAAUUUUAGUCGAGGGAACGAGUAUAGCUGCAAAGUUUCUCAGAGCUAAUGGAAUCACACUUUUCAAAGUUCGAGAGGAAAUUGUAAAGCUACUUGGAAAGUCAGACAUGUACUUCUUCAGCCCCGAGCAUCCUCCAUUGACUGAGCCAGCUCAGAGGGCCCUUGACUGGGCCAUUGAUCAAAAACUGAAGUCAGGAGCCAGUGGGGAAAUAACAGUAACUCAUCUGCUUCUUGGGAUUUGGUCUGAAAAAGAGUCAGCAAGUCACAAGAUCUUGGUGUCCCUGGGUUUUGAUGAUGAGAAAGCAAAAGAGCUUUCUCUAUCUAUGGACAAAGAUUAUGUUCUUAGGUUUAAAUAAGAAUGCUAUAAUUCUACUUGUCAAACAAUCUUCUAAUCGCACCGUCUGGAACAUUUGCCGAUACAAUAUUGAAUAUCCAAAUAACAUUGCUUCUUGGUGCAACCUGUUGAGCUGCAAGUGGGUGGAGUUCUGGAUUGAAUAACAACGCUUUUAUGUUGGCAAUUUGCAAUUCUUUGUAAGGAAAUUCGUUGAAUUCAAUAACUCCAUGAAGCAUUCACAGGGGCCUCUCAAUGAUACCUCAUUACCUCUCAGGUCACUGAAAUCAAAUAUCACUUUCUUUUUCUUACCUAUUCACUGGUUUCCCUCCUGUUAUCCAUGUUUUCUUAUGCUUCUAAAAUUCUCACGCAAAAGAAAGAGAAAGAAAGGAUUCAUUACUAUUUAGAUUGUGAACUUUUUCUUGUUUUAUUUUUUUGUUUCUUUUCUUGUCCUUUUUAUUUUCCUAAGCUCAAGGCAGAAUAGUCCAACAUAGGUGAUUGUUCUUGUCAACUUAUGUAUAAUAUUAAAUACUCUAUGUAAAAGUUUCCCUUACUUAGCCUUA